AUGAGGUUUCAGGCACAUAAAUCAUUGAACGUCCAUGGGCCCAGCGCCGCGCUGUUUGAUAAAAGCCGGGCAUUAACUAACGGCACUAGGAGUAAGCAUGAGCGGGAUUUGGUAGAGAGAGACACACGGGAACAAGUGUAUUGGUAUCCAGUGGCAAGGGUGGCGCGAACAUAA